AUGGAUGAAUUGUUUUUGCAACCGAUGGAAUAUAUGGUAUAUGAAAAGUGGAUAGAAUCUAGAGAUGAUAAUGAUGUAAAGAGAAGUGAUGUGCAUUGUAAGCAUUAUCGUAGCUCUCAAAAAAUUUUGCUUGUAGGAGAGGGAGAUUUCUCUUUUUCACUUUGCUUGGCAAGGGCAUUUGGGUCAGCGGUGAACAUUGUUGCUACUUCUUUGGAUAGUAGAGAAUAUCUAGUUCGGAAGUACAGAUUUGCAUCAAUCAACUUGACUGAACUUAAAGAUCUUGGCUGUACCAUCUUGCACAAAGUGGAUGUUGGAAACAUGGUGCUCCAUGAACAUCUCAAAGAUAAAAAAUUGGAUCGAAUAAUUUUUAAUUUUCCUCAUGCCGGUUUUUAUUAUCAUGAAUUUCAUAAAAGGCAGAUCCGGCUUCACAGAAGACUAGUGAGGGGUUUUCUACAAAAUGGUAAAGAAAUGCUUACUUGUAGAGAACAAAUUCAUAUAACUCACAAGACUACAUAUCCAUAUAGUGAGUGGCACAUCGAGGAUUUAGCUGAAAAUGUUGGAUUGUUCUUCAAUGAAGGAGUGGAGUUUCAACAAUCAUUUUAUCCAGGUUAUUAUUAUAACAAGAGAGGAGAUGGCUCUAAAUGUGAUAAGAGUUUUCCUAUUGGAUGGAGUAGUACUUUCAAAUUUUCUUGUAACGAAUAUUAUCGGUAUUGA